AAAAAUAAUAAGACGGACGCAAAUUCUUAAUCGGCGACUCAAAACAGAAAUGUUUAUUUUGGUUUUGUGUUGUUAAUUCUCGGCAAAAUUUCGGUGUGAUUGAUCGCCCUCAAAGUGAUAAACAUAACAAAAUACAAAAUGUCAAAACAGUGUCGAUUGUGUGCAAAAUUCACCGAAAGUUCUAUUGAUUUAUUUCUUCAACAUGAAACUACAUUGCUGACAAAAAUAAAUAGUAUCUUACCAAUAAAUAUAACAAAGGAUAAAGUAUUACCGUCGAAGAUUUGCUGCAAAUGCGUUGAACGGGCAAAUGCAACACACUGUUUCAUUCAAGAAAUUCUUCUGGCUCAAGAAGUAUUCGGUAUAUCGUCAUCUGCUUCAGAAAAGAUAGAACCAACGAAUAGUGUAAAAUAUGGCGAUGUAACAAUAAGCUCGAUGAAUCAAACAGCGAUACAUGUGCCAUCGCCAAAAUUGCGAAAACACAAGAAAAUACAAAAUGUAUCGGAGACACUGAAAAAAUUGAAGAAAAUGCAAACGGGUAUGACAAUAUCAAAAACAAUCGUACAAGGACCAAAACCAAUGCGAAAGUGUAAAACGAAGCCGAAAUCAUAUCAAGAAGAAUUCAAUGGGGAAGACGAAUUUAUCAGUAUCGAUGACGAUGAUAUCUACACUGAACCGGAUCGUAUGAGCAGCGAUUCAGAUGACUAUGGCAACGACAUGGACGAUGACGAUGACUACACACCAUUGAGCAAACUAUGUAAAACCAGAAACAAAACGACCAAACCAAAUAAACAACUCGACAAUUCCAACUCAAAUUCAACGGAUACAUCAUCAAAAUUUAAGGCCAUUAAAAUAAAUGCACCGCCAGUGUUUCUCUGUAUGAAAUGCAAAAAUCGAUUUGAAACACUUCAGGCUCUCAAACAGCACGUGUUUCAAAAAAAUGAAUGCACAAUUGCACAGCUCACGUGUAAAGUGUGCAAUAAGACGUUCGAUAAUAAGAAACGAAUGUCACAACACAUGAAAACUCACGAAGAAAGAGUGAAAUUUAUAUGUGAUAAAUGCGGUCACCAAUAUGCAAAUCAAUUUAAUUUAGAGAAUCAUAAAUCGGCGAUGCACGGUGAAUAUGUGGACGAAUUUGAAAAUAUAUACAAAUGUCGUUUAUGCAAUGAAAAAUAUACAAAUCGAACCGAUUUAUAUAGUCACAUGAAAACUCAUACAAAUGAUACACAGCGUCAAAUCUGCGAAACUUGCGGAAAAUGUUUUAACAAUACGCAUAAUUUAAAGUCACAUGUGCGUAGUGUCCAUCUUGAUAUACGGCCACAUGAAUGUCCGCAUAAUUUAUGCAAUAAACGAUUUCGUACUCGUCUUUUGCUUCGCCAGCAUUUACAUGUGCACACCGGAAUCAAAGAGUUUCAAUGCACGGCAUGCGCACAAUCAUUUGCCAAACAGGAUUCACUACGAAUUCAUAUGCGAAAACGUCAUCCGGAUUAUCAGCCAAACAUCGAACCACCGACCAACAAACCGCCAACCAACGAACCGCCCACAGAACCUGAAAAUCAAGCAGUCCCGCAAAUCACCACAAACACUAGUACCGAAAAUCAACCACCAAUUGAUGUUGAAAAACAGCUAAAAAUUGAAAAAAUUGAAAAAUUUGAAAAAAUGGAUGAAUCAAAUUAAUUAUACCUUUCUUGUGUUAGUCAAAUACAAUCAAUGGAGUUUUCCAUUUAAAAAAAAAAUGAUUGUUAAAUAAAAGCUAUGCUAAAUGAAAUAAAACAGUGGUCAAUAAUAA